AAAUUUUGUUCAUGUUUUAUAUUCGAUCUGAUCUGAUAAGCGUGUGAACCCUAAUUUCCUUUCGCCUCCAAAAUCCAAAUACGAGCAGCUCUGGUUGAAGAGAUCGCAGCCGUACCAUUCCCAUCUACUUCGAAAUUCGAAUCAAUUAUCCACCUUCAAGACUGCCAAGGUUUUGGCUUUCAAUAGAUUGCAAUUAGUUUUCUCUGGAACCAUUUUGUAGAAGAUAAUUCUAUACGUAGAACAUGUCGAGCAAGAAGGAUGAGAAAUCUCAGGCCGCAGCUGAUAGAAUCAAAGCUGCGGCAUUGAGUGCCGCAAAAGGGCUUAGUCGUGCCCAAGCUGAAAGGGCCGCCGCUGCAGCUGCCCGGAAUGUGAAUGCUUAUGGUCAGAAGGAAGAAGGGCCUAGCAGAUGGCAGGAGAAGAGGGAAGCCAAAAGGCAGAUGUAUUUGAUGAGUACUGAGAAAGCUGUUAGAUUGGGUGAAAGGAAAGACCUUAAGCCUAUAAUGUCUGCCAUUGGCGGAUCAGCGCAGUGCCAGAAGUGCUUCCAAAGUGGUCACUGGACCUACGAAUGUAAGAACGAGCGGGUUUACAUGUCGAGGCCAUCCAGGACACAGCAACUUAAGAAUCCCAAGUUGAGGCUGAAUAUUUCUGUGAGCUUGGAUAUGGAUGAUAAUAAUCCCGAUGCUACUAAGGAUGAGAAGGCCAAAGUGAGUUCUAAGAAAACCAAAAGGAAAUAUCAAUCUGACUCUGAUUCGGGCAGUGAUAGCGAGGAUUCAGUAUUUGAGACUGAUAGUGGCAGCGAAUCUUCAUCGGUUACAGGAUCAGAGUCUUCCGGAAGUAGUUCAGGGUACAGUUCCUCAUCUGAUUCAGAGGAAGAAAGAAGGCGAAGGAGGAAGAAGAAGCAGAAGAAGGGCGGAAGGCGCAGGAGGUAUAGUACGUCUUCAGAAUCAUCUGAUUCAGAUUCAGAAUCAGACUCUGAUAGUGAUGACAGGAGUCGUCGACGGAAAAAGCAGCACAAUCGAAGACGCUGAAUGUGAGUGAAGAUUGUGUGGAGCAACAAACGAUUUAGUGAGUGCAAGUCACGAUCUGAGGAUGUUUCCAUCUCUACAUUCAUAUGCAAUCAACAAGAGUUUAAGCAGAUACCGUCCUUUAUUAUGAUAUGUUAAUGUACAAUAAGGUUUUUGCUAUAGAUGGCCCUGGCUUGUGUUUCUUUUCUGCGACUAGUUUUUUGUUCUGAACGUACUCUGAAGUUGAUUUAAGCUUUUUGCAUUAGACUAAACUAUGGAGAUGCCAUGUGUUGGGAGAUGUUUACAUAGUUGAUUUUUGCAAGUUGUGUAAGCUCCAGUUUCUAUUGUCAUGAGAGUAUUAGGACUUUGUUAA